AUGAACCUUCCACACAGUUUGUCGCACGCCCUGCAGGAGCGCUGUGCAAAUCCGAAAUUUCGUGAACCAUUUCCGUUCACGGAGCCCGACCGUCACGUCGAAACGAGAGCAGGCGAAGAAAUACGUACAUGUGGCGGCCGCCGCUUCUGUGCCUUUCUCUGUCACCUCGAUCACCGCUCUGUGCAAAACCUUGGAUGCGAAGAGGCCUUUCUCGUCCGAAAUGCCCGUCAGGUUCGCCUUCUGCCGGUCGAAGAAGUCGUCGACUCCAAGCUGAAGGAACAUGAAAGAUCGACUAAACGUACGUUGGUUUAA